AUGGCUCUUCCACCCAAAUUCAGCGGCCACAGGCUCCCGCUCGGCGAUGCAGCAGCCAACUCGGCCCCGCACGCCGGAGUACACACCAUUGAGCUCUACCUCGACUAUGUGUGCCCCUUCUCAGCAAAAAUGUUCAGGACCGUCGCCGAUGACUUAGCCCCAAAGCUGCAGUCAGACCCAGCGCUUGCGUCCAAGGUGCAGAUAAUCUUCCGCCAGCAGAUCCAGCCGUGGCACCCGUCCAGCACGCUGGUGCACGAGGCCGCCGUGGCCGUGCUGCGCCUGGCACCCUCGCGAUUUUGGGACUUUAGCAAGGCCCUGUUCGCGGCGCAAAAGGAGUACUUUGACGUCAACGUCGUCGGCGAGUCGCGCAACCAGACCUACCGGCGCCUGGCCCGCCUCGCCGCCGACUCGGCGGGGCUGAAAGAGGACGAGGUCUACGGCCUGCUCGAAAUCGGCGACAAGCCGGGCGAGGACGGGUCGCUCAACAGCGGCAACGGCGUCACGGCCGACCUCAAGGUCAUUGUCAAGAUGGCGAGACUGGUCGGCGUGCACGUGAGCCCCACGGUCAUACUGGACGGUGUCGUCGCUAAUGAGCGAAUACGACCAACCACUCUGAAGUCGUUACCAACAGCACUACCCCAGAGCUUCACCAGCAAAGCCACUCCACGGCCGGAAGAUGCUCCAAAGUCAAAGCAAGCUGCCCGCUUUCUCUACCCAGAGAGCCUGGUCAUCUACCACGGCGGCGCGGCCCGAACCACCUUCCUGGGCAUGCUCAAGUUUGCCAUGCUCAUGGGCGCCGUCUUUGUCGUGGUCAUCAUCGCGCCGGCCCUGUACCGCAGCGGCGAACCCCUGUGGAAGCCAGCAGCAGUCAUCACAUGCGCCAUGAUCCCUCUGGCAUUCACCCUCUUCUCCACCAACCCGCAGGUCGCCUUUGUGCGCCUGCGCCUGCCGCGCUUCGCUCGCGCCUCUCCGGAGCUUCUCCGGCGCUACGCCGAGGCCCCUCCCGCCAACGCCGUCGUCGAGGUCGGCGUUCUCAACUUCCACGGCAGGCCUAGGGUCGUCGCCUUGCCGCUGGCCCGCCUGUCCCCCACCAAUGAGCGCUUCGGCCUCGUAAACUGGACCGUCACCGAAGACACCGCCGCCGUCGCCGCCAACAAGAGGCUCGCGUCUGCUGGUGGCGGCAGUGACGCCACCAUCUGGCACCGCUUGCUGCGGAGGCCCCUGAAAAAGUUAAGCAUCCGCGAGCGCUCAAACGAUGCCAAGGAGGCCUGGGUUUGGGACGCAGUCGUGGCGGCUGCUGAGCGUCGGAAUCGCUAA